CGCACAGUACCAUUAUCGCACUCCCAGUACGCUGUUCGGUUUUUUAAGUUCAGUUCUGUUCCGUACUUUUCCACGACCACCGAUGAAGUUAUACGCCUUAGAAGGCCAAGGCUCGAAUAUGUCCGACGGCGUCAGUAUUUUGCACAUAAAGCAGGAAGUGGACACUUCAUCAGCGGGCGGCAGUGCCUCCUGCUUCAGUCCCAGCUCCAAGUCGACGGUCACACAGGGUGGCACCAACGGCAUGAAGUCCUCACCCUCGGUCUCACCCGAGAGACAGCUCUGCAGCUCGACGACCUCCCUAUCCUGCGAUCUGCACAACGUGUCCCUCAGCAACGACGGUGAUAGUCUUAAAGGCGGCGGAGCCGGCAGCGGCACCGUCGGGGGAGGAGGAGGUGGCGGUACCAGUGGAGGAAAUGCCAGCAAUGCGAGUGCCGGAACAGGAUCCGGAUCCGUGAGGGAUGAGCUCCGCCGGUUGUGUCUGGUUUGCGGGGAUGUGGCCAGUGGAUUUCACUAUGGCGUUGCCAGCUGCGAGGCCUGCAAAGCAUUCUUCAAACGCACCAUCCAGGGCAACAUCGAGUACACCUGCCCGGCAAACAACGAGUGCGAGAUUAACAAGCGGAGACGCAAGGCCUGUCAGGCGUGUCGCUUCCAAAAGUGCCUGCUAAUGGGCAUGCUUAAGGAGGGCGUGCGUUUGGAUCGAGUGCGUGGAGGGCGGCAGAAGUACCGUCGCAAUCCGGUCUCCAACUCAUACCAAACCAUGCAGCUACUUUACCAAUCCAACACCACAUCGCUGUGCGAUGUGAAAAUUCUGGAGGUGCUCAACUCUUACGAACCAGAUGCUUUGAGCGUACAAACGCCGCCACCGCAAGUACACACAACUACAAUUGCGAAUGAUGAGGCCUCCUCCUCCUCGGGCAGCAUUAAGCUAGAGUCCAGCGUCGGAGUCACGCCCAAUGGCACUUGCAUUUUCCAGAACAACAAUAACAAUGACCCGAAUGAGAUAUUGAGCGUGUUAAGCGAUAUUUACGAUAAGGAGCUGGUCAGCGUGAUUGGCUGGGCCAAACAAAUACCCGGCUUUAUAGAGCUUCCCCUUAACGACCAGAUGAAGCUGCUCCAGGUGUCUUGGGCGGAGAUCCUAACCCUCCAGCUGACCUUCCGCUCCCUACCGUUCAAUGGCAAACUGUGCUUCGCCACCGAUGUCUGGAUGGAUGAGCUCUUGGCCAAGGAGUGCGGUUACACGGAGUUCUACUACCACUGCGUGCAGAUUGCGCAACGCAUGGAGAGGAUUUCGCCACGGAGGGAGGAGUACUACUUGCUAAAGGCGCUGUUGCUGGCCAACUGCGACAUCCUGCUGGAUGAUCAGAGUUCGCUGCGCGCCUUUCGCGAUACGAUUCUCAAUUCCCUCAACGACGUUGUCUACUUGCUGCGCCAUUCUUCGGCAGUUUCGCACCAGCAACAGUUGCUCCUGCUGCUGCCUUCGCUGCGGCAAGCGGACGACAUCCUGCGAAGAUUCUGGCGAGGAAUCGCACGCGAUGAGGUUAUUACCAUGAAGAAACUAUUUCUCGAGAUGCUCGAGCCGCUGGCCAGGUGAAACAAAAAACAAUGCGGGCGGCCAAUCUAGUAGAUCUAGCUGAUUAGCAAAGGUGCAAAUAUAAACUUAAGUUGGACGUAUACUGGCGUAGAUUAAGCGUAGGAUAAGCCAUGUACAUAGAUAGUAAAAUACUUGUCGGGUUAGAUUAGUUCGCAGAGAAAAAAACCUCUUUUUAAUGGGCUACCAACUACA